CUUCUAAUCGAUGACAUCGACAGACUCGCUACCGCUUCACCGGAUUUAUGCAAUGACUUUUUCACUGCCCUUUCUGUCGUUAAGGACACAGACCCUCAAGUUCAUGCUGUUGCCACAGGGACGUGGGGGGUCAGGGGAUUCGGGGUUAUAUGUCAUAUGAGUUCUUUCAAUGAAUCUCUAAAUGACCUAAAUAGUACUCGAAUUCCUUACUUUUCUCGUUCCCAAGUGGAGGAUCUCUUCGACAAGUUCCAAAAUGACGAUCAUUUCGUUCUGGAUCCCAAUGUGGUUGGUGAUAUAUGGUUGAGAUCUGGUGGCCAUCCCGCUACAGUCUGCCUUUGUGGACAGUUCAUACGAGAUAGAUUACCAGUGUUACUUGACGACCAGACCCGACACGUGUCGUUUACCGCUUGGAAACGUUGUACCGUCGAGGAGUUGUACCAGUGGAUCGGCCUCAACCCAGCUUACAAAAGAAUGCUCCAGGCGUUCCCGUCGGAAAACCCCGAUUCCGAGGGAUCGCGAUCAAUACUCUUUCUCAGCUAUCGCUUCUUUGGCAGUCUGGACCCCGUUCGCAUCCUUCCUGAUGAACUUUACUUCUCAGAAUCCCUGAUGGCUAAGGGUGUACUCACGGGCACUCAACCUAAUUAUCGGAUCGCCUCAGCUUUCGUAGACAGCUUUGUACGCAAAACCCUGCUCACCGCCCGAUUUCCUAAACGUCCUGAUGAUGCGCCGCCUGUGAUUGACGGAAAAAUCGAUGCCCUCGAUGCGAUUAAGAAGGCAACGCGGCGUUUCGAUUGGGGUUUACUGUAUCAUUCUGACGGCGCCCCACUGCGCCAAGGCCUGUAUGAUACCGAGUUGGCGAGAAUCCUCAUGAAUUGGAUGAAUACAUCGGAAGGCUGGUCGGCCACCAGCGACUGGCACUCGGGCACUAUCGGCAUGCAUUCGUAUAUCAUCAUAAAGAAAGGAACACCACCCGCCGAGCACACCAUCGUUAUAGCUGUGUUGGCGACACGGGACGCAGCUUUCGCCCACUUACGGCUCUUGGGGUUGAUUGAGUACAAGGAACUCAUGGGGGCGGAUGAAGCCUGGCUUGUCCAAUAUUCGCGUGAAGAUGACUUCAGGAAGAUUUGGCGGUCCUACGACCCGCUGGAGAAGGGGGUUAAUGUGAUCUAUUUUCAGCAUGGUGUCUAUUUUCCGAGGAAUAAGAUGAGCGCACGGUGGAAAGACGCUCAAGGUCAGACCCAUAAAAUUUUAAAGGAGGCCUCCAAAGUAUCUGUAAUCCCGGAGUCGCGGCUAUGAGAUGAUGUAUUUGUAUGCGAGCAUACCGUCCUCCUCUCCCUUCAAUCAGGCAUCAACUUAUUUGUCUUGCCAUCGGCUUUCCAUCAGUGUCGAAAGUGUGACCACGGCCGUCGAAUAGUCUUGUUUAAUGGACAUG